GAGACCGUUACAGAAACAGAUACAAGAAACGAGUGGGGGCGCUCGGGAUAACACAAUCCUGGGCCGUCUGCAAAUCCACGCCUUCCACUCGCUCAUCUCCCCCGCUCGCCACCGCUCUCAUCUCCUCACUCUCCAUGGCUGCUCUCGCCGCCACCGCCGUCGUCUUCUCUCCUCUCUCCCUCCGCUCCCCUCCCCGACUCCCGCUCCUCCUAUCUCCCCUCUCUCGCGUCUCCGCUUCCGCUUCCUCUUCCUCUCCUCUCACCCGCCCCUCUCUCAUCUCCCCCGUGUCCACGCGCUCAUCUCUCCUGAUCCGCUCUUCCCCUUGCUACAUCGUCGCCGCGGCGGCGUCGGCCGGGGAGAAGACGCGGAAGAACGUCCUCAUCAUCAACACCGACAGCGGCGGCCACGCAGUCAUCGGCUUCUACCUGGCGAAGCAGCUGCUCGCCGCGGGCCAUGGGGUCACCGUGCUCACCGUCGGUGACGAGAGCUCCGAUAAGAUGAAGAAGCCCCCGUUCACUAGAUUCUCUGAAUUGCGGAGUGCCGGAGGGAAAACAGUUUGGGGGGAUCCUGCGGAUGUGGGGAAGAUUGUGGGCGCGGAAUCGUUUGAUGUGGUGUUGGACAAUAAUGGCAAAGAUUUGGAUGCCGUGAAGCCAGUGGCAGAUUGGGCAAAAUCUGCCAAUGUCAGUCAAUUUCUGUUCAUUAGCAGUGCGGGAAUUUACAAGACCAGUGAUGAGGUUCCUCAUGUUGAAGGGGACCCUGUUAAAAGUGAUGCUGGUCAUGUGUUAGUGGAGAAAUACAUCGCAGGUCUAUCUUUUGAUAGCUGGGCAGUAUUCCGUCCGCAGUAUAUGAUUGGAUCAGAAAACAACAAAGAUUGUGAAGAAUGGUUUUUUGAUCGAAUUGUUCGCAAAAGGCCCAUUCCGAUCCCUGGAUCAGGAAUGCAACUGACCAACAUUUCACAUGUGAGGGAUUUAUCCAGCAUGUUGACUCUUGCGGUCGAGGAACCUGUUUCUUCAAAUGGCAAAAUAUUCAACUGCGUGAGUGAUCGUGCCGUGACUUUUGAUGGAUUGGCGAAGCUCUGUGCUCAAGCUGCAGGCUGCGAACUCAAGAUUGUUCACUAUGAUCCAAAGGCUGUUGGGAUCGACGCGAAAAAGGCAUUCCCUUUUCGCAAUAUGCACUUCUAUGCGGAACCAAGAGCAGCAAAAGAGAUAUUGGGAUGGACUAGUACAACCAACCUUCCUGAAGACUUGAAGGAGCGAUUUGCCGACUAUGUCAGCAUUGGCAGAGACAAGAAAGAGAUGCAAUUUCAGGCAGAUGAUUUGAUACUAGAGUCACUUAAAGUUACAGUCAGUGUACAAUAACCUCUCUGGACUCGAAUGCUCCUGCAGAGUGUGGAUGGUGGCUCUUGCUGUCUUUUGUAUCACUUUUUUCUGUCAACGCGACCCAUUUCUCGCAUAAUUAUAUGUAUCAGUAGUAACAUGUUCAUCCUGCUAUAAAGCUAAAGAAAAUGAAUGGUGGAACCUCACACUUGUAGGACAUUUUGAUAUUGGUUCUCGUAUUUAUUUCAUUUAACUUACUACAAUUGGUUAUGGCGGAGAUUCUUAUUUCAUCGCUGAUUUCCAUUAUAGAUGAAAUGGCUCUGGUCAUUACUGAACAUGUGAUAUUGUAAAUUUUAUUAUUAGUUAAUGAUAAAUUGUUACGAGAA